AUGCGAUCUGCCUCGAUUCUGAGGAUGGCCUCGGCCUCCGUCUCAAAGGGCAACGGCCUGAGGCCCGCGCCGAUGGCCCUCUUGCCCCCUAUCCCGCUAUACCGUCGUCUUCUGCGCGCACACCGCAAACACCUUCCUUCCGAGAUGCGGGUGCUAGGUGACGAGUACAUCAAGGCUGAGUUUCGCGCUCAUCGCACGGUGGAUAACCCGGCGCACCUGAUCGGUUUCUUGACUGAAUGGCAAUUGUAUGCGCAAAAAAUUGAGGGCAACUCAUGGGUUGGCGAGAAGAUUGACCCUGUCAAGGUUGCCAAGAUGAGUGGUGAGUUUCUCUUCAAUAAUAUCUUCCGUGCCUUCAUGACGGCCAAAGACUCAUUCUACCGCUAG